AUGGCCACCGACGUUCCCCGGCGACACUCGCAGUUCCGCCCGUGUAUUGACCUGCACGGCGGCGUCGUCAAGCAGAUUGUGGGCGGCACGCUCGACCUGACGGACAGCGCGGCCGCUGGGCCCAAGGAGAACUUUGUCGCGAGCAACCCGCCAUCAUACUACGCCGCGCUGUACAAGCAACACGCUCUUGUGGGCGGCCACGUCAUCAAGCUGGGCCCAAACAACGACGCCGCGGCGCGGGAAGCCCUCGCGGCGUGGACGGGGGGCCUGCAGGUCGGCGGCGGGAUCAGCGUCAAGAAUGCCCAGGAGUGGCUCGAGGCCGGCGCGAGUAAAGUGAUUGUCACCAGCGCGCUGUUCCCCGGCGGCAAGUUUGACGAAGGCGUGUUGCGGGAGAUGUGUGAGGUCGUGGGCCGGGACAGGCUUGUCGUGGACAUUAGCUGCCGUAAGCGCGAAGCCGGGUGGAUCGUCGCCAUGAACGGCUGGAAGACGCUCACCGACCUGGCCGUGACGGCCGAGAGCGUCAAGCUCAUCGAGGGAUACUGCUCCGAGCUGCUCAUCCACGCCGCCGACGUCGAGGGUCUGUGCCAGGGCAUUGACGAGGAACUUGUCGAGCGCCUCGGCGAGUGGGUGUCCAUCCCGUGCACGUAUGCCGGCGGCGCCAAGGACAUUGGCGACCUCCCCCUCGUCGACCGCCUCAGCCACGGCAAGGUCGACCUGACGUUUGGCUCGAGCCUGGAUAUCUUUGGCGGCAGCGGCGUCAAGUUUGACGAGCUGGUCGAGGUGGACGCGCGGGCCAAGGCCGACAGCGCGGCGGCAGCUUAA